CCGAAGGGCACGAUGAUGAUCUACACCGGUGCCGUCAGUCCCGUCAGGUCAUGUAUGGAAACGGUGAGUACAUUAGUAUGGAAGCAGUCGGACUUUGGGGACCACUUCUGGUCUUCAAUACCGCAUUUGCGUGGAAAGAGAAGAGGCCAUGUCGACAUUCUAUGCUGUAGCGGCAGCAGCAGCAGUAUUGCUGCCCGUGGUGCAAUGCAUUACACCUGAGCUGAUGCUGUCAGCGCCACGAUACAGUGCCGCAACUCCAAAUCCAAGCGGAGAGUGGGCUGUCUAUACCAGCACCAAUUACUCGUUCGAAGAGCACGAGGCUUCGACAAGCUGGAAGCUUAUCCAUAUCCCGACGGGAGAGAUAACGAAUCUGCCCUGGGGAAGCGACGUCUCGGAGGCCGUGUGGGUUGGCUCAACUGACACUUCUGUCCUGUACAUCAACGGCACCAACGACGAGGUCCCAGGAGGUGUGACGCUGUAUACCACAGAUCUGGCAGAUGCUGCUGCACAGCCAGAACUCGUUGCGUCUUUGUCAGCGCCUUACUCGGGACUCAAGGCUGUCAAAACUGCUUCUGGUAGCAUCAACUUUCUGCUCAACUCUCUGGCCUACGCCAACAAUGGCUCUGCAUAUAAUGAGGAAUUGGCCUCGAAGCCGGCUCACACUGGAAUGCUCUACGACUCCAUCUACGUGAGACAUUGGGAUACAUGGCUCACUCAGCAACGAUACUCGGUCUUCUCUGGCGUCCUCGCUGCCAAGGGCAAUUCUUCGGGUUACAGCUUCGAUGGAACAACCAAGAAUCUGCUGUCCAACCUUAACUACACUGCCACAAGACCAGAAACUCCUGUCCAACCAUUCGGUGGUAGCGGCGAUUAUGACUUGUCCCCAGACGGCUCUACGGUUGUUUUCCUGACCAAGGCGCCAGAACUGCCAAAGGCAAACAAUACUGCUAGCUACCUUUACCUCGUGCCUCACGAUGGCUCUUCUGCACCAGAGAAGCUGAAUGGUCCUGGAAGCAAAGCUUCUCAAACAGCGCAAGGUGCAUCUGCCGCUCCAUUCUGGUCUCCAGAUGGCAAGAAGAUUGCGUACUCCCAGAUGGAUGUUGUGAAUUACGAGUCCGAUCGCAGCAAGAUCUACGUCGCGGAUGUCGACACCAAGGAGGUAUCUCUCGUCGCAGGUGACUGGGACUACAGCGCAGCCUCUCUCAAAUGGGCACCUGGUGGCGAGAACCUCUACGUGGCGGCAGACUACAUUGGCGCGACACGUUUGUUCGUGAUUCCAGUUGAUGCUGGGGCUGACUACCAGCCUACCAACAUCACAGACAUCACUUCUGUCAGCGACUUCUUCGUCUUGCCAGAUGGCAAAGCUCUGGUGACAGCGAACUCUGUAUGGGCAUCAUUCUUACUCUACACCGUCACACCAGAGGCGGAGACCUACUACUUGUACAAGUCAAACGAGCGAGAUGCAAACCUAGCAGGACUUGGCCCCGAGGAUGUAAGCUUCUUCUGGUACAAUGGCACUCUGGGAGAUCAGCAGCAAGCUAUCGUCGUCUACCCAGAGAACUUCGAUCCAGAGAAGGUCUACGACUUGAUUUUCUACGUGCACGGCGGUCCCCAAGGGUACACGGGCAAUGUUUGGAGUAACAGAUGGAACCUCAAGACUUGGGCAGACCAAGGAUACGUGCUAGUGGGGCCCAACCCAACGGGAUCGACCUCGUAUGGACAACUUCUGACUGACCGCAUCCAAGGCAAAUGGGGUGGCUGGCCAUAUGAAGAUCUCGUGAAUGCUCACAAGUAUGCUUGCGAAAACUUGCCAUACAUCAACUGCAGCAACGCCAUUGAAGCGGGUGCCUCAUAUGGAGGCUAUAUGACCAACUGGAUCCAAGGCCACGAUCUCGGCCGCGAAUUCAAAGCUCUCGUCUCUCACGAUGGUGUCGCCACCACAUAUGCUGAUUGGAGCACUGAAGAACUCUGGUUCACCCUCCAUGAAUUCAAUGGGACGCUGUGGGAAGAACCCGGUCGUUCGGUCUAUGACGCAUGGGAUCCUUUGAAGCACGCGAAAAACUUCUCGACGCCGCAGUUUGUGAUUCACAGCGAGAAGGACUACCGCCUUCCGAUCAGUGAGGGUCUGGCCAUGUUCAAUGUUUUGCAGACGGUGGGUGUGCCCUCGAGGUUUCUCAGUUUUCCUGAUGAGAAUCAUUGGGUGCAGAAUCGGGAGAAUAGCUUGUUUUGGCAUACGGAGAUAUUUAAUUGGAUCAAUUACUGGACGGGGAAGAUUGAGAGUUUGGACGCAAACGCUAUUACGCAGUAAUUGUGGCGACGAAGAAGGUACAGGUGUAUGGUCGUCAAUGAGCACACCAUCAUCACCACGGAACUUUUAUUUGUAGAAACUAGACCUAGACAGAAACUGGAGAACCAGCUCGAAAGAGACAUGAAAGCAUCUCAAUAAUGCUACAAUUCACCUCUCCACGCAGUUCCCUAGCUAGGUAAAAUGGCU